UAUGUUAUAGCAGUGCCUCAAAAUAUUUAGGUUUAGCUUUGCUGCAAAUACACCAUCAUUAGCUACACCUUGGUCAAUGAGACCUUUUAAGACUGAGGUAUCUCUACCUAUAAUCAGAUUUCAUGAUGCAUAGCCAACAGGAUAAUCAAUAGCAUUAGAUUAAGGUAUUCAAUUAAUAAUUAUAUUUAAUAAUAGAAAUAUUUAAUUAACCUAUUAGAAGAGAUUUAGUCUAAAGGUUAGUGAGAUAUACUGAUUUGUAUAAUAAAAAAGUCACUAAAGCUACUUUAGCAUUAAGAGAUGCUGCAUCAUCAGGGGCUAAAAAUCAUCCAUAAAAAAAGACAGGAAGAGCACGUUAAGGACAUAGAUAAAGACCAGGAAGAAAUAAAGGUAUUAAAGCUCAUGGAAGAAAAAUAAGAUCAUUAAGAAUUGAUUUACCAAGAAAAGUUAGACUAUAAGCAUACAAAGUUGGUUUGACAGCUGCUCUUAUUGAAGGUAAAUUCACUGUUAUAGAUACUGAAAAAUUAAAUGAAGGUAAGACUAAACAUUUGGUAUAAUUAAUGAAGGGAUUUGAAUCUUUUACAUAACCAAUAUUGAUAGUUACUAGUGUUGAUCCAGAUGAUUUUUUUUUAAGAGCCUCUCGUAAUUUAGAUACUUUAGAGACAUGUACAGUGAAAGAAUUAAAUAUUAUUAAAAUUCUUAAAUUUAAAUCGAUUCUUAUUACAAAGGAAGCAAUUUUGUAAUUAACUGAAUCAUUAAAAUAAAGAAAAUUAACUCUUUUAGGAGAAAAUAAGAUUGUUAAGAAAGUAUUUUACAUAAUUUAACAAAAUUUAGAAAUAUUCUGAAUAUCCUAUUGAAGAAUAUGAUCCUACUAAGCCAUUAGAUCUUAAAUUCAAAGUGUUAAGAGAAUAUUUGGAAGAUUUUGAAAAUUUAAAAUAAGAAGGAUAAUUAGAUAAAUUUAUUUAAGAUAUGCCUAAGACAAAGAAGGUUGGUCGUAUUAAUACAAUAAAUCAUCAUUGAG